AUGUCAGAACUACCAGUGGGACCAUGGCAAGAUCUAAGUGCAGAUUUCUGUGGACCUCUACCAUCAGGGGAAUACUUAUUGGUCAUAACUGAUGAAUAUUCAAGAUACCCAAUCGUUGAAAUAGUCCCAUCGGUCUCAUCAAACAAAGUUAUUCCAGUAAUCGACAAGGUUUUAUCUGAAAUGGGUGUUCCAAGGACAAUCAAAACAGACAACGGAAGUCCAUUCAAUUCUGAUGCGUUCCGUAAAUUUGUAAGGUACUGCGGAUUCAAUCACAGAAAAAUGACACCAAGAUGGCCAAGGGCCAACUCACAAGCUGAAAGUUUCAAUAAAUCUGUGAAAACAAGCUACCUUGAAGCAAAAAACUGGAGAAAGGAAAUGUUUAGAUUUUUGCGUCAAUACAGAAGUACUCCACAUACAUCGACUGGAUACACUCCUUUCCGCCUGUUAUUCCAACGAGAACCACGAACACGACUUCCAGAUAUAGGGACAUCGAAACCUGAAACUAAAAUUGAUGAGCAAAUACGCCAAAAUGACGCUAGAGCAAAAGCGAAAAUGAAAUCCAAUUUUGAGCAAAAACACAACAUCAGAGAGGAAGAGUUACAACCUGGCGAUAAAAUUUAA